CCAUCUCAUCACAUGAACAUGAACACAUGAACAGGAUUCUCGUCCUGCCCUUCUCACCAUGGCAUCAUACGUGUACAGAUUUUAAUAUACCUACUAUAUACUGUCUAACAAGGGACCGGUUUAAUGAAGUAUUACAAUGUAUAACGAAAGCGAACGUUUCGAGGGUUCUUGGAAAACGCAUGCGGUCACAGGACUCGGGACACUUUAAUGGGGGGGGAGGAGUUACGGUGAUGUGUUCGUUUGAACUUUUUGGGGGAUUUGGUUAAAUUCGAGAUACCGUUUCAGGCAGACGGCAGUAACGACAACGUGGUUGACUGGCAGGCUAAUACAUCCAAGAUCUGUACACCUUAAGUAGCACAUAUGGUUACAUGUGUCUGAAAACGGGACAUGAAAACCUUGACGGUGACGGCAAUGUAAGGGUGUGAUUUAUCCACGCUGAGUAUCUACAUUCUUAAAGUGCGAAGUCUCCCACCACCGACCCAUUUGGUUAUUAACGUCUCAUGCGUCUCCAGAAAACGGAUCUCUCCAGAUCAUUCUGGAUCUCUCUCUCCUCGCCCCUAUAGUGGAUUUGGAUAUGGGAUAGUGAUCCACCAAUCGGAUGGUAGCGAUCUGGUGAUGGGGAAUCCAGUGGAGGGCUCUCUUCUGUAUGAUGGUCAGAGACACUCUGGCAGGAACCACAGUGGAACCAUCGCAGAACCACACGGCACCCACACAGAACCAGGAUGGAACCCAGAAGCUUCCAGGGGCAACCCUAGAACAGGUAGAACAACAGAACCAACUCCUAGAACUCGAGAACUUAGAACUCCUAGGUCAAGAGAAUGAACUCUUAGAACCUGUGAACCUAGAAGAACAGAUCCAACUCUUAGAACUAGAGAAUACGGUUCAGACCAGCACAGACACCUGGACCAGACCUUCAGACAAGACCAGUUCUGGCGGUCCCCUCCAUCCCUGGUGGCCUCAACAGAGCAGCUUUAGAGCGGCUAGACCCACUGUCCCUUUCCCCUGGCCAAGACCCAGUGUCCCUCUCCACUGGCCAAGACCCAGUGUCCCUCUCCCCUGGCCAAGACCCAGUGUCCCUCUCCACUGGCCAAGCCCCAGACCCUGCUCUGUCCCCAUUCCUCUCCCCUGCCUCAGACCACCUCUCCACUUGCCAUAUCCGAUCCCAGACUCCUGGAUCACACACCUCCGGCCCUUCUUCAGCCAGCAGGAGUAUGUUCUAGUGCGCCACACACACCGUCAGCUGGUUCACAGUGGCUACUACUGGGGCCCUAUGGAGAUGGAGGAGGCCCACAGCACACUUCUACACACACCGCCUGGGAGCUUCCUCAUCAGGGACAGCAGUCAGCCGGACGUCUUCUUCACCCUCAGUUACCACGGCGACCAGGGGCCCAUCAGUGUCCGCGUCCUCUUAACCAGUCAGAGGUUCCGCCUCAACGGCAGUAACAAGGCCUUUGAUUCACUGUUCGCCUUGCUGCGGUUCUACAUGGAGUCAUCCCAUAGGCGGCUGCGGACGGCGUGGCGCAGGGAGCGACCAAUGACCUUACAGCAGCUGUGUAGGGGGCGAGUCAUCGAGUUGUACGGAGCGGAGAGGAUAGAUUCACUACCUGAGCUUAACCAGUUGGUCACACAGUAUCUACAGGACUAUCCUUAUAGUAUAUAGACACACCCUCCUACCGGAGAGUUUGGGGAUCAGUCCCAUUUCAGCAGACUGAAACUUUCUGAACGGUACUGACCAAAACUAAAAUGGAAUGGAGCCCCAGAAAACGGAAAGUGAAUUUGCUGUUUCUUACUCUCUCUGUCUCUGGUCUGUGGUUCUUAUCUGUGUGGUUCUGUCUCUGAUCUGGUUCUCUGGUUCUGUCUGUGGUUCUGUCUCUGGUCUGUUGUUCUGUCUCUAGUCUGGUUCUGUGGUUCUGUCUCUGGUCUGUGGUUAUGUGGUUCUGUCUGUGGUUCUGUGGUUCUGUCUCUGGUCUGGUUCUGGUCUCUCUGUGGUUCUGUCUCUUGGGCCAGUUCUAUGGCUGGUCAUGUCAUCUACUGUAGUUCUGAUCUGUGGUUCUGAAGGUUGGUUUCCCAACCCUUAUUCCUUAUUCUAAAAUGGAUCAAAUAAUUAUUUUCCUCAUCAAUCUACACACAAUACUCCAUAAUGACAUCACAAUACCCCAUAAUGACAAAGCGAAAACAGGUUUUUAGAAUUUUGGGCAAAAAAUAAAACAGAUACCUUAUUUCCAUGAGUAUUCAGACCCUUUACUAUGAGACUUCAAAUUGAGCUCAAGUGCAUCCUGUUUACAUUGAUCAUCCUUGAGAUGUUUCAACGAUUUGAUUGGAGUCCACCUGUGGUAAAUUCAAUAGAUUGGAUAUGAUUUGGAAAGGCACACACCUGUCCCACAGUUGACAGUGCAUGUCAGAGCAAAAACCAAGCCAUGAGGUCGAAGGAAUUGUCCGUAGAGCUCCGAGAUGACAGGAUUUUGUCGAGGCACAGAUCUGGGGAAAGGUACCCAAAAAUGUCUGCAGUAUUGAAGUGGCCUCCAUCAUUCAUAAAUGGAAGAAGUUUGAAACCACCAAGACUUCAUAGAGCUGCCCGCCCAGACAAAUUGACCAAUCGGGGAGCAAUGCUACAUGCUAUUGAGUAAAGCCAGUGUGUCUAUGUAUGAGGAUGACUCAACACUGUACACGUCAGCUACCACAGCGACUGAAAUGACUGCAACACUUAACAAAGAGCUGCAGUUAGUUUCAGAAUGGGUGGCAAGGAAUAAGUUAGUCCUAAAUAUUUCAAAAACUAAAAGCAUUUUAUUUGGACAAAUCAUUCACUAAACCCUAAACCUCAACUGCCUCUCGUGAUGAAUAAUGUAGAAAUUGAACAGGUUGAGGUGACUAAACAGCUUGGAGCAGGUGCGGACUGAAACAAUCAUUCAGGCCGGGAAUGUAACUCCAUCCCAGGCCACCCUGUUCACGCAAACCACCAGACCGCUCCUGUUGUAGGCCAACCCUAUUCGUUGAUGUAACAGGUACCAAACUAGUUCUACAUGUGUCCACUAUGUUCAUCUGGGUAGAAAGUUAUCCACAUGACACAAUGCAAACAUUUGGGACUGAUCAACAAGUAGCCUGUCUGAACGUUGAGUUUUCAUGGUAUGCUAUGGCUAUGGGUGCACCCUCAAACACUCACCAGGAAUACACCAAUCAUAGCACAUACACAUGUACAAGGCUAGACACACAAAACAAUUAGCCUGCACUUUAAAAAAAAAAAUAGAAUGAGAUAUUCAGAGUUAGUUCAAAUGAUUAUCUUUAUAUUCCAGGAUCAAGGAAAUCAAAAAGUGUCAAAAAAACUUCACACACAUUCACUGAACGUGAACAUAAGUAACAAUGUAAGUAUAAUACAAAACAUCUAAAAAAACAUAACUCUACAAAAAUAAAAUGUAGAUUACAAUGUUCCCUCACUGGUGUCCGUAAAGCAAACAGCACAACAAUAAACACAUCUACACACUGAGUCAAAUGACAUUGAACGUUGGCUACAUAACUGCAAGAAUAACACGAAAGUCCCCCCAAAACAACAUGCUUCUGUACAAAAACUUGAACUCAACAGCAAAUGUUCUUUCCCCCUUGUCCGCCUGUUAAGGAAGAGUCCUAGCAUAGCUCCUUCAGAGUAACCAGGAAGUAAUUACCACUAGUAAACCAGUAGUAACUCACCGCUGUAACUCACCGCUCUCUGACAUCUUGUCAAUGAUAUCAUCUUUGUCAAGUCAUGAAAUAAUUACUACUAGUAACAAUAUAAAGCUUAAGAAACUAGCCGUGAUUGUCGGCCAUGUUUUCCAAGUUAUAUCACACGUUCCGUGACCUGCCUCCUCUUUCUGACCUGGUCUCGUUGAACUGACAUUAUCACUCAGAAGGGUUACGGAUGUCUGCUUUGCUGGCUCUGAGGAUAAAGGCUUCUGCACUUUCUCUAUGGGUCUUGCUUCUCUCAUGUUCCUGUACUCUCUGAUGGACAUGUUUCCUUUCCUCCUUUGAUAAAUGCACUUUCACUGGCUGAAGGUUUUGUGACAUACUGCAAGACAUACUGAGCAGAACAGGGAGGGAGUUACUUCAUCAGCCAUUUUCUGUUUGUUCCAUCUUUAGAGUGGAAUACAUUGGGAAUGACUCUUUGAGGGGUUUAUUUUGGGUGGUACUGAAAAAAAUAAGUCAAAAUCCUUGGACUGAGGACGGGGCAAAAUAAUCAAAUGGAUUUUCAGUGCUUUCGCUGUCCCUUCCUAUUUUCCCUGUACUGGGCUCUGAACCUCUCUCUCUCUGCACAUCUGGUUGCUCUGCAGAAUGAGAUUAACAUUGUAAAUAACCUAAACUUAAACGUGUUUUACUUGUGCAAGUCAUCGAUUGUAUGCCCCCCGAUUACAGUCCUACUGAUAAUCUCAUAAAUAAAGCACAUAUGAAUGUAAAA